AUGCCUGCUCUAUUGCAGCUGUCCCAGGAUUCUACUGAGCAGGACAUGAAUAAAAGCCCCCUCAGCUCAACCAGCGAAGUAUCCUUACCCACAGACGGAGCACAAGGGCAUCGGAUGAGCAACAACUCCCCGCUCCCCAGCUACAGCCAGGCCGCCCCCUCUCACAUGACACCAGAUGCUCGUGCACCAUCAUACAAUAACGACUGCUACAAGUUAUCCUUCUCAGAGAGUAGCUUCCCAGACCUCAGCUGCUCCUUUCGCAGUCUGUACCACUCACUCCUGGGAAAACAGGGGCAGUCCCCGCUACCCGCUGAGGUUCAGUCGUCCAGUUGCUGUAUGUACCAGCAGAACUCUGUGGCUCCUUCAUUACAAACCCACAACGUACCGAGUAUUAGUGGUCCCCCCUCCUCACACCACCAAUCCCAGCACCAGCAGCCCCCCUAUAUGUCCCGGCCGCCUGCACCAGGAAUGUCUUUGGGACUUCCCAGUGACUGGUGCUCAAAUAUCGACUCUUUAAAGGAAAGUUUCAAAAUUGUAAACAGCCUGGACUGGUCGAGUGUAGAUCUGUCCCAAUUCUCAGACCUCAUGGAGAGCUUACGCCAGGCAGAGCUGAAGAACUGGAGCUUGGAUCAACAUCAUAUUGCAAGUCUCUGUGACUCCCUAAGCCAUCUGUUAAGUCAGACUGGUCUUUUGCCCUCCUCACAUGGCCAACCUGUCUCCUGCCAGGCUCCAUGCCAGCCCUCCACACACGGGCAACCCACAUCAUGCCAAGCUCCUUGUUUGCCAACAACACAUGGGCAACCUUCAUCCUGCCAGGCUCCCUGUAUGCCCCCUACCACCAGCAGUGCUUGUGCACACCGAGGAGGAAAACCCAGCCAUGGUAUGGCAGUAAACUCAUAUGGACAGAAUCAGCAGACUCCAGCAUCCUGCGCUCACACUUUCACUGCUCCCCCUGGAUACCCCAUACAAACCCAGGCACCCCCCACAUACACCCAGCAAGGACGCCUCCCACAGCGAUCCCUAUAUCCGCCCUCUCGCUCAACACUCCGCUACCCGCACAGCAAUGAGGAUAUUCAGGAUGACUUUGACUGGGACUCAAUUGCUUAGACUGCACAUUUAUCCCCUGGGAUAAAACAAAAAAGAGAUAAAGGAGGGAGUUGAAUUCCUCCAGCCAAGUUAUAUAUAAAUAUAUAUAUAUAUAUAUAUAUAUAUAUAAGUGUAUAUCUUUGUCUGACAAUCAGGGGUGAUGGCCCCCACCUCCAGUGACUGGGACAAAUGCUGAAGAGAAAAGACCCUCUAUUAUAUUACAGGCUAAGGCCCCAGAAACAAUACCUGGAUAGCAGGAGAGAAACUGAUCUCUUCAAGAGAAAAUUGACUUUUUGCCAAAGUUGUGGCAACUCUGAGCACCAAGGCUCACGCCACCAUGAAAGGAGAGGACCUGCCACAGGGACUUCUGGUUUAUUUAUAUGGCACACACAUAUUCCACUGAGCAGUACAGAGUGUAUUCAUGGUUGCAUGUACAAGGCAGCCACUACAAAAUUAUCAAGAACCACGUUCCUCAAAGA